AUGUCUCUAAACGACGACAGGAAAUGUGCUCCUGAGCUCUCAGAGUACUACAAAUGCCUGGGUAGUGGCAAUCGUGACGUAUCGCAGUGCAAGGAACAAGAAUCUGCCCUUAGGCAGUGCUCCUCAGUGGACAAGGAGAAUAAUUACUGUCUGGACGAGAUCCUCGCCCUUUUAAACUGCACAAGGCAUCCCAACCGCAAUGGAUGCGCCAAGGAGUUUGUCGUCUUUAGGGAAUGCAACAGACCCGGUGGACCUGAAAUUGUCGUAAAGGUAGUUGGUUUUGUCCGAUACAGUCAUAGCAGUGAUGAGUCAUUCAAGCUCCUGAAAAACAUAGGUAAAGAUCAGGAACUAGACGAUACAGAACUUACAGGGAUAAAAGAAGUAUCAGUCUAUUAUUGGGAUGGAGAUAUUAGUCAUGAGAAGCCACUGCUUCUGGAGGUUGUCAAGAGAGAUCGGUCUCAUGAACCAGCGUACUAUUAUAAGUAUGGAGAGAAUGAAGAUGAAGGAAAGCCUGAUACAAAAGUCUGGAAACAUAAGCCACAUGUUGGAGGAAUAUCGUUACAGAGUAGACUUGAUGAAAGGAAUCUUGGCGUAAACAAUCGCAUUCCCCUUGACCUUGAGGAACCUGAUAAAUAUCUUGGUUCAACAUCUAAUCUUGCCAAAGACAUAACUGUACAACUCGUCCAUAGUGGUACAGAGCUCUAUGGAACUGAUUAUAGAGUUACCGAGUAUAAAAUUACUGGAAGCGAUGGAAAUACUCGGUUUUCAAGGGUAGAAUAUAAAAAGGCAAAGGCAAAUGGUAUUGAGAUUCCAAAUGAUUUAAUUACUAAUAUUAGACUAUAUUCAUCACCAAGCGGUGCAGGUGCUACGCCUGUUAUGAUUGAAUUCGUUGGUCUUCACGGUGGACCAUCUACAUUUUUUGAUACGAAAGAUGGUACAAAUUGGGGGAAGGUUGGUAAUUCAGAUGGAUUCUAUGACAAAAACAGGGGUAAAAAUAAACAUAUAUCUGACCUAACAGAAGCUUUAACAAAUAAGCUAGAUGAAGUCAUAUGCUUCUAUCGGAAUGCAGUUACUAUGGAUCUUAGCAUUAACAGAUAUCGGGAAUCUUCUAGCCAUGGCUAUAGGUAUUGUUGUGAUCAACAUAAAAAUGACAAAAAAGUCUCCGUUAAGGAAGAAAAGGAAGUUUCUUGUAAGGAACCUGGUCAUACCUCAAGUUCCCUUAAAGCUUAUAAACACUCCAUUACUAGUUCUGGUUUGAAUCUGACAGCUAUUAAAUUUUACCCUGGUGGAGAGAAAAAGAAUAGAAGACGUAUAACAUCCUCCAGAUUGAUCCUACCUGCUGAUGGACCUGUCGAUAUUUACGCAAUAUACUGUGGAGGGAAACCGGCUUUGAUUCAUGUUGAGUUCAAAGAUAGACGAUCUGUAGUCAAAGGUUGGUAUAGAAGAAGCAAAAAUGGUGAUGAUGCCAAAUGGAAAAAAAUAUCUGGUAAACUUCCUGGUGUAACUCCUGAUAAUAUUACCGAAUGUAGAAACUGGAAUAAACUGGUGGAUGUGCUUAAGAAACUUAAAUGUGGCGUAUCUAGUUGCCCUAAACCUGCUAAACGACAAGAACAAGUAGUAUCACUACGUUCUGAAGAACCUUAUGGAGGACUAGACCAAGCUGGAGCUGAGGAAGAGGAAGAUGGUAGUGGAGAUGAAGAAUCUUCUGAUGACUCUGAUUCUGCUCAUGUUAAUAGUGCUCCUGGUAGAGGUGGCCCUAAAGGACAAGCUGGUCAUAACGGUGGAGGUGGCAAGGGUAGUGGAACGGGCAAAGUUGCUGAAGGCACUAAAGGAGAGAAAGAAGAAUCUAAACUUGUUCUUGCUACAGAUUCUGAAGCUGUUGUUGGUGAAGCUACUCAAGGUGGUAGUCAAAGAAGUGUAGGUUUUAGUUUACCAUGGAUACCAUUUCUAUCCACAGUUGGAAGAGUUGGAGAAAUACUACUUACUGAAGCAACCGGUGCUCUAGCACAAACUUUAGCUACUCAAACUUCUCCUCAACCUCUUCCUGCUACUGAACCUCAAGCUCGUUCUGGUGCUGAAGGAAAAACUGCUCAUACUCAAGGACCUCCUACUGCUUCUCCUGAUCCUCAACCUAAACUUGGUGCCGUUGUUCUUGAAGAUGAUACUACUACUGAUCACUCUGACUCUACAUCUCAUCAAACACAAAAGAAUGGUGAUCCAUCCCCUAAAGAUGCUCCUCUUCAACAUGACUCACCUGGCCGAGCUACUAAUACUUGUGGAAUUACUACUGAAGGUGCUUAUGUUAUUAGUUGUAAACCUGAUAAUAUGGUUGCUCUUCUAUCUCUUGGUCAAGAUGGUCUUCUUGGACCUAAUGGUGAACAUCCUGCUGGUCCUAAUGGUACUGCUCUAUCUAGUGAAGCUAAAACUAAUCUUAAAGGGACUAAUCUAGAACCUCAUAGUACUGAAUCUCCUCAAACUGGUGGACAACCUGACUCAUCUUCCCCAACUGCUACUACUCAAGCUGAUUCUCAAACCAAUAGGAAUGUUGGAGGACAAGGCCCUGGUAAUGAAGCUAGCGAUAGUAAUGAUAGUAACUCUGAAGCUGGAGCUGGAAGAGAUCCUGGUGAAAAGGGUGGUAAUAGAUCUCAUGUAGAUCCUAAACAACAUUCUACUGUCUCAUCUGGCCAAGGUAAUACUCAUACUCAAGAUGGAGGUCAAUCUGAAGGUGCUAGAGUACAAGGCCCCGCUACUAGUCUACCUGCUGGAGGUACUACUGAAGAUGCUGCUUCUCCUACUUCUACUACUCCUCAAACUGCUGCUUUUGUUGAUGGAGUUUCUGCUGCUACUGUUGGUCUAGGAUCAUGGUUAACCUUUGGAGCAUCCUCUGGCACUGUUGCCGGAGCUGGUGGUCUUACUGGAUUUGGUUGGUGGAUGUUUAAACGUUCUAAAGGAGAUCCCUGGAAUGAAUCAAAGAUCGAGGCUAUCAAGUAUAAAGAAGGUUCUAACCUUACAGGAUUUGGGGGUCAACUAAAUACUCAUUCAAGUGUCUCAGUAUACUAUUGGUCUCAGGAUAUUGAUCACGGUAAGCCAUUGCUAAUUCAACUGGGAGAUAGUAAAGAUAAAUACUACAAAUAUUCUGGUAGUGGAGAUAAUUGGACAAAUGAUCCGGGGGCAAGUAAUAAUCUAAGAGAUUCUCUUGAUAAACAGAACUGUGACAGAAACAAGGCUCAUGUUGUAGAUCUAUUAUACAGAAGCAGUACUAAUUACCCAUGUCCGGUCAUAGGUUGCAGUACUCAGAUUGCCGUAGCACCAGCAAAUUAUGGUAACGAUUACUAUAGAUCCGCGCAUUAUAUUUCUCUUUCAUCUAUCUCGGUCUCUGGAUUCAAGGAUAAGGAUAAUUGGCAUACUGGACUACCGUCAGUUAAGAAUCUACAGAAGGUUCUUGUUUACCGGAAACAGUCUGGUGACAAUCCUCUUCUGAUUUGUUAUCAAGAAGUUACUGGUACUAAAUGGUUCAGAAGAAACAUUAAAUCUGGAAACACUUGGGGUGAAGUAUGCCAGGAUGAUAGACCUACAAAUCCUGACACCGAUAAGGAUAAUAUAAAGAAGCUUCUCCAACGCAAUGAUUAUUACCCCCAAAUUACUAUCAAUUUGUCUAUGCCUGCUAAUGAACCAUACCGUGAUAAAACAACUAAUAUAAAUAUAACUGUGAGAACUAGUCCCAUAGGUGAUGGCUACUGGACAAAUGUGCAUUCCCUAAGAGGUGGCCUAUUUACACUCAAAAGUGUUGUGCAUAAUAAUCUUCCUCUUGCCGAUAUAAAGUCUAGUGAAAAUUUGGAAAGCAUUACAGUAUACUACAAUGGAACUGAUCUUAAGGUUGAGAGACUUCUCCUUGUUGAAAUCACAUCACACAAUGGAGACAUACACAGAUACUUUUACGGAUCACCUAAUGCAAGUUCUUCACUUCCUCUUGCACUUACAGAUACCCUAAAGAUCGGUGGAAGUAGUCUAACAACGGCUGGUUUGGGUGGUCUUCUUGACAACAUGUACACUGUGGACCCAAAGCAUCUCUCAAAAUACAAUCUCGACUCAGAGGUCAUAUGCUCCAUCUACCCUCCAAGGCGUAGCAAGACUCUCAUUGGUGGAAUGUUGGACAAGAUGAAACAAGUCUGCGGAUUCAAAAACUUUCAAGAAGAAUUUGUACCAAAAGUAAAAUCCUAG